AUGAGCGAAAACAACAGUCUUUCUUACGUUGCAAUCCUCUUUCGGCUUCCGCCACAAUGUGGCAUUUCGGAUCGCGGAUCGCGGAUCGCGGAUCGUAUUUUCGCCGGGUCGAGUCCGGGCCGGACUCUAGUCGAGGGUGAAAAAGGCGAAUGUGAAGUUCGGGCCGACGAUGAAUCUGCAUUUGCGGUCAUUCGAACGACUUUCCUUCACUUCGUCGAGGACAAAUGA